UAUCUCUCCGCUCAGAUCGCCGGAAAACCUAACGUAACUGAGCCAUGUCGAUCGGGAUUCAAGUUCUGAUUCAGACGAUAGCAGUUGAACUUAUCCUGAUGUUGCUAUUGGCACUGGCCUCCACUCCACGAUCCCCGCCGCCACCGGAUCCAGCGGCAGCAGUCGGCUGUUCCAACGAGGUAGUCUCGUUCUCUGCUUGCCUCCCUUAUAUUUCAUCUUCCCCGAACAAUCGCUCUUCCAAGCCUUCAAUGCAGUGCUGCCGCAUGUUCUCCUAUGCUUUUCUGAGACAGGAGGCUACAUGUCUUUGCUAUCUCGUUCGUCGACCUCUGAUCUACAGUUUCCCUCUCAACACUACACGCCUUUAUUAUCUCUCUACACUCUGCCGUCGGAGUAAAAUCGGAUUUGUUGCUAACCACUCUCUCGAAUCAUUAUGCUCAGAUACAGGCAUUCAUAGUUUCGAACCUCCACCAGCACCACCUCCUCCGCCGCCGCCCUUGAUAAGCUCACCAGUAGGCUCAACAAAUGGUUCAUCUUCUAGUUCAGAUUCAAUAACUGUGGCCCUGAAGUCCUUGGCCAUGGAGAUUUUUCUUAUCACUAGCAGCUUAUUGGCUGCAAUAUUCACUAGCCUGUGAAUUUCAAUUGAUCAUCAACUAUACAUAACCAAUAGAAAAUAUCAUUGUGUUUUGAUUCCUUUUAGGUAAUCCUACUAGCUAGUGUGGUUCGGUGUGAUAUGUUCUGCUGACUGCUGAGUUGUUACCUAUAGAGGAAAAUACUUGUGAACCACAUAUUCUUCUUCCUGAUAGAGAACUAAUGUCCAAGAUACAGUGUGAAAUCUCCAUAUACAGGUAGACUUUCUUUGUUUUCUUUUUCCAUAAUUCAGAUUCUUCACUGCACUCCAUUAGUUUAUCAUCAUCAAUUUGAGCCAUAAGACCAUCAUUAUGGAUGGUAACUCUUUCUCUAUGUCAGGCACUCAGGCAUGAUCAAGUGUACCAAUUUGGAAACACUUUAUAUAUGAAUCUAGGUCUAGAUCUAGAUCUAUAUGAGAGACUGUAAACAAAUUUUCCUUUUUAAAAGUAUCUCAUAUUUUAUAAACCAAAAUGAGAUCAAGUUUAAAAAUAAAACUUAGACUUGUUUUUGGGUAGUUUCUGAUAAGUCUUCCAAAUGGCCCACAAAGUGGGGUGUGUUAAUUUACAACUUUAGAUAUACCAUAGUCAAUGGUUGCAAGCACUCUUAUAAGUCCUCCAAGUAGGUACAGAUAGAGGCAAAACCUUUAUUUUGUCGGUUGAGCCCACAAGGAGACCAUUAUCUUUGGGGUAGAUAUAUAA